AUGGCGCCUGAGGUUGAUUUGUCCCGGCCUGGAUUCGCUUAUUGUGACGCAUGUGAAAUGCAUGUGCCCAAUGGACAGCUCAAGGCGCACUAUACCUAUCGUGCACAUCUCAGAAAGACUCGCAUGAAGGCAUACAUGGAGGCAAUAUCGCGGGCGGAAAAUGAUAACGGCAUCACGAUCUCGCAUGCCGACGUAGGUGCUGAUUUUGGGAUCAUGGAUUUUGCUGCGGUGCAGGCCAAUCCCGAGAUCAACAUCACCGUCAGGGCGACAUCCGGUACUGCUCGGAUCGCGGUGAUUGAGGCCAGAGUUGUGAAGGCGCUCAACUCAGCGCCAACGACGUGCUUCAUCGCUUCGGUGAAAGGUGCCGGCACGCGAGUUCCUUCAGCGGAGGAUCUGCACGUUGUCGUGAAGUUUACCCAACAUCCUCCUCAGCGAGGGAGGUACGAGGCACGUCUCGAGAUCGUAUUCGAGGACGCAGACGCGAGCCGCCGCUUCGAGAUUUCGCGCAUUAUCAAGGCCGUAGUGGGUGAUCCACAGGACCACGAACUCUUGAAGCCGGUUGCUCCUUACGUCAAGCCCACCAGGCGGCGCCGCACGGCAGAGACGGAAGUGGUUCAAGCGGAACUACCCCCGUCUCUGUCGCGCAUCCAGUAUCGGCGUAAACUUCCCGAUGCGAAGAUCCCAGAUGCACUAUUGUCGGUGCUGGAGAAAAGAGCGUCGUCUCAGCAGAUCACGGGGAGGAUUCGCGAGGGUCAUCUCCCACCAGCACUGAAUGAGACUAGCUACUCGACCUGGUACCAGACGCUCAUUUGGGCCGAAGAAUACAAACAAGAGAAAGACAUUCAAGCCUACGAUAUGCAUGGUGUACGACUCAGGUCUGCGGGCGCUCUAUACUACUUGCAGGUCCCAGGAUUGGCCGAGAAUAGACCCAGCGUCAUCGUCGGUGAUCGCAUUCUGGUACAACCAACGGAUGUAGAUCAGGGAAAAUGGUUUGAAGGAAGGGUGUUUGUGGUCGCUCUACAAGAAGUCGGGAUGCGACUCAACAGCGCUUUUGGGGCCCACAAAGAUAAAACAUGCAACGUCAGAUUUCAACUAAACCGCCACCCACUUCGCGUCCAGCACCAGGCGUUGAAGAUAUCGAAUAACCCAAGUCGUUUACUGUUCCCUGAGCCGGAGCAUAUCGCAGGGGAUCUCGCCCCCUCGCCUGAGAUUCUGGAAGGACCACGGUUUGAUGAGCGCAUCCUGCAGAAUUCGGCGCAACUGCAAGCGAUUACGUCCAUCGUCCAUCGCAAGCCGGGGGCAGUGCCCUUCGUGCUAUUUGGCCCGCCUGGAACGGGGAAGACGUUCACGAUCCUCGAGGCUAUCAAGCAGCUCCUUCGCGUUGGCGGCGACAAAGUACACAUUCUUGCAAUUGCGCCAACCAAUGCCGCCGCAGACCUCAUUGCGCUCGGCCUUACCUACCUCGACGACGAUCUCUUCCGUAUGUACGCCCCGACGCGGAGGAGGAACCUAGUCCCAGAAACACUCCUCCCAUUCACGGCCAUGACCGCUGACGGAGGCAAUUUCACUGUUCCAGACCUGGAUCGACUGUUGCGAUACAAGGUGGUCGUUGCAACAUGCAUAUCCGCUGCCAUACCAUACUCCUUGAGAAUUCCGGAAGGUCAUUUCUCACAUAUCUUUCUCGACGAGGCUGGGCAGGCGGCGGAGCCCGAGGCAAUGGUUUCGAUCAGAAUGCUUGCAACGAGCAAAACCAACAUCAUCCUCUCCGGAGAUCCUAAGCAGCUGGGGCCUGUAAUCCGAUCUGGGGUUGCCCGGGACUUGGGUCUCGGAAAGAGUUACCUGGAACGGCUUAUGGAAAGGAAGAUUUACGACGUGGUCGGCGGGUACGGUGUCACCGUCGUCAAGCUUGUGAACAAUUUCCGCUCGCAUACCACCAUCCUUCAGUACCCCAACGUCAAGUUCUAUGCCGGUGACCUCCGCCCAUGCGCGUGUGCGGAGAUCGUCGACUCCUACAUUGGCUGGCCCGGCCUGCCGUCGUCUAAGUUCCCCGUUAUAUUUCAUUCAAUCAUCGGAAAGGACGAUCGCGAGUCGACAUCUCCGUCGUACUUCAACAUCGAUGAGAUUUCCCAAGUGAAGGCGUACGUUCAAGAUCUGCUGGGAAACGCGGAAUUCCCUGUCGAGCAACAUGAUAUUGGGAUCAUCACGCCGUAUCAUGCGCAAUCGCUCAAGAUCCGAGCGGCCCUAAGGGCGAUUCACCUCACAGACAUCAAGGUCGGUUCGACAGAGUUAUUCCAAGGCCAGGAGCGGCGAGUCAUCAUCGUCUCCACCGUACGAAGCAGCCAAGAGCUGCUCACUUAUGACUUGCGACACACCCUCGGAUUUGUCUCGAACCCACGUCGCUUCAACGUCGCCGUCACCCGCGCAAAAGCGCUCCUGAUUGUUGUUGGGAAUCCCAACGUACUCUCGCUAGACCCCCUCUGGCGUGGAUUUCUCAACUACGUCCACCAGAACGGCGGGUGGACGGGUCAGAGCAGUAUCGGCUGGGACCCGACCGAACCCGUCAAGGACGGUGGUUAUGAUGCCGAUGUUAGGGCUCAAGCGCUCGAGGAGCUGAACGCACAAUUUGCGAAGUUUGGUAUUGAACCUAUCGUGGAGGAUGCGGAACCGGACUCGGACGUCGUGAACGAAGAUUUGGAUAACCCCGAACGGCAGGAGUGA